AUGGCAUUCCAGUGUAACAUACCAUCCAAUAUUCUUGAAAUUGUCAAGUUCAGAGGCAAUGCACUCAAUUGGAUUCUGUACGGGGUUCUAAUGGUGCAACUAUACAAGUACCAUGUUUCUCCUUUCUCGGACUCGUACAUAGUGCGAACCACUGUGUACUCUGCAUUCACAGCCGAGACAGUCCAGAUGAUUACCUCCUCCCGCGAUGCCUUUGGGAUCCUCGUCUCUGGCUGGGGAUGCUCUGAUGCUGUGUUCCUCCUUUACACAGAGUUCCUAUCGGAAAUCAUCCUACCAUCACUCAUUGGGGCAAUUGUCGAGUGUUCCUAUGCCUGGCGUAUCUACAUCGUCAGCGGCUCCGUUUCUCAGACUACGCUAGUUGUGUUGUUUUCCACAGCUACAGUUAGCGGUAUAAGGGCGGACACAGAUGAUUCCAGCGACAACACGAAGGUCCCAAGUGAUGUCCUAAAUACCAUAACCCUUUGGUCGGUUGCAAUGGCGGUCUGCGACAUUGUAAUUUUUGGUCUCAUGACAUAUCAUCUAUCGAGGAGACGCACCGGUGUCAGGAAAACGGACAAGCUCAUUGAUGGAUUGGUAAAGGUCAUUGUGGAGACCGGAAUGGCAUCAGCCAUCAUGUGGCUACUUUUCUUCAGUCUUCUGGUCGGCUUCAAACAAAAGCACUAUUAUGCUGUGCCAGUCAUCGUCGGCUCAAAGGUCUACUGCAACUCGCUUCUAGUCAUUCUCAACAAUCGAAAACAGAAAGACGAGACCCGCCUUCUGUUGUUCAAUACAAAGGUCCGGUCGCGCUUCCAGCCUCCCGAACUCGAAGCUGAAAACACUGUGGGUGUACCCACAAACGCGUUGACGCGUGACAGGAGCGAUAGAAGGGUAAUUGCAUUCGGCUUGCAGCCUUCGACAGCGCUUCACAAUCCUAAGCUCUACUACGCUCUGGUGGUACUAGCUACUACGCACUUCACUAUCAUAUCAACAUAG